AUGUCUGAUUCAUACAAAUCACACCAUGUUUCCAACAUAGUCAGCAGGCUAGCGUCAGACUUCUUGAAUUCUAUUGAUCAUGAUCAUAUCGUCUACUAUCUCCAGACCAUAUUCGCGAUCAUUGACAUCCCAUCUUCUGGCGAUGAUAUCAUGUCAAAAAUUCAGAAUAAUAUCUCCAACGAUGCAGCCCACCAUUAUAUCACCAAUAUUUUGAAGCAGAAUGAAAUCUACAAAUACACUUUCAAUACCCAGAACCUAUACCAACUAGUGUACAUCUCGGAGCAAUAUUUCGAAAAAUUCAACCGGCAGUUUGCAAAAGUCAUGAAUAAUAACCUGGGGUCGAUGGAUCCCAACGUUGUGAAUGAUUUGAAUGAAUUCUUAUACCAAGCAUUGGCAUACUAUGUCAUUGGUUAUACUGUCUUGGUUUACUAUAUACCAACGUGUCUUUCAAUGGUAAAUGUAAAUCUAAUUAAAGAAGCAGAUAUGGAACUAUAUGGGCAACUAAUAAGUUUCUACAAGAAUGAAUUUUACUUCAACACGAUCAGAUCAGAAAUCGAUGAUUAUUGUAACUUUCAAAAAAAUUCCACAAAUAUUAAUAAUGACUAUUAUUUCCCCACGAUCAAAAAGAGAAAGUCUACAAAGAGUUAUUUAACGGAUUAUGGUCCAGAAUAUUACAAGCAGGAAGCAUCGGAAUUAGACGAUAAUAAUGCCCACAAGAAAAAGCCUAUCGACGAGGAUUUGGAUGAAAUGGUUUACAAUAUCCAGGAGGUGGAGCUUUCGACAAAAGAACUCCCUUCAAUAUCAUCAAAAACACUACAGAAAUAUUUGCAAGCAACUAAUAGAUCGGUAUUAUUGGUGGACUUGCGUUCUAGGGAAAGUUUCAACACUAAUCAUAUUAUCAACAAGUUUUUAAUCAAUAUUGAUCCAAACCUACUAUCUACAAAUAAGCAGGAUUUAACUGAGGAUAGUUUGGAAAAAGUAUUGAAAAAGAUUUUGAAAAGUCAAGUUCCAGAUAACUCGAACGUUAACGCAGAAUUGGAUGAAGAGGAAGAUCGAGAUUUGAUUACAGUUAAGAAUACAUACAAUUAUUUCAAACAACGUCACAAAUUCCAUUUAAUUGUUUAUUACACUGAUGCGGAGACAUGGUCGCUUUUCAAUAAUGAAAGAGUACUGUUCAAUUAUUUACAACUAUUUUAUGACUUGAUUUAUAAAGAUAAGCCUACCAAUGCUUCCAAAUCACGAAAAUUGACCAAACCCCCAAAAGUAUUGGAGAACGGAUUUGAGUCCUGGCUUAGUUUGUUGGAAAGCCAAAAUUUAGAAAACCUUGAUGAUGAAAAAGAUGCAUCACAACUCUCUCCCAACGAUUUUAGUAAUUAUUAUGUGGCACGCUCAGAAGAAAUGUUUGAGCAAAAAGGAACACUGGAAGAUAUGUAUUUAUCUGGUACUUAUGAUAAUAAUGGAAUCACUAACAGCCGGCCAAUUGAUAAUCAUUCUGAAUCUUAUGAUACUUUCAAUAACAAUUUCAAUAAAAAUAACGCUGGUAAUAGCGAUGGUAUAGACCCCUAUGGGAUGCAAAGUAACCGCUAUACUGAUCCCUCAAAUGACUCUGCUAAAGAUGAUCUGAUUAGAAAUAAUGCUCCACGAAUGAAUCCACCUCCUAUACCUCGGAAAAAUAGUAUGGCUCCAAAUUCCUUUGAUAUUUACAAUAAUCCACCAAAGGAUAUUCCACCACCAGUACCUCUGAAAUCACCUAAAGCUGUAUCUGCUCCAAAAUUUGUUAUGACCCAGCAUUCUGUUGGUAAUGAUUUUAGCAAUAACAAUGAUGAUGUUUCGGCCCAACAAGUGACACAGUAUGCAACCGUUAACCAGAGGUACGGAGGUAUUAACUCAAAAAACAAUUCGAGAAAUAACUCAAGAAACAAUUCACCAAUUAAUGUACAUUUCCAACAGCUGAACCACCACUCUCAUCACCAUAAUCAUCUUCUCCAUCAUAAUCAGGGUAGGUUGAAUAAUAAUGGUGGAUAUGUCAAUGGGAGUAACAUUUUAUCGCCCGCGUUGCCAUCUGUUGCUGCUCCUACUAAUUAUGGUGAGCCAGAUCAGCCAACAUUUCCACCUCCCCUUCCUCCUGCUCAAAAGUCGCUGACCGUGUCACCCUAUGAAGCAUCAAAGGAACAACUUAAUAAUAGUAUGGGUGGAAAGAGACGGAAACCGCCACCAGACCCACCAGCUUUAAUCAAUAGCAAUAUGAAAAUUGAUACUUUUCCUACUCUUCCACCAAUCCUGCAAGGUUCUAAUCCAAUACCCUUAGUAUCAUCGCAGCGGUACCAAGGGAUACAAGCUCCACAAUUACAACCUCCUCAACAAGCAUCACAAAUCAUGAUGGCCCCUCAUCGUCCUAUAGCUCAUACUCGUCCAAAGCAACCUCUACCACCAGCUCAACCAACGCAACAACCAUUAUCACAACAUCCAAGAAAACCGGUGAAUGUUUUGAAAUCACUUUCUAUUGUAGGGUUGAAGAACUAUGAGUCUAAUUGUUAUAUUAAUAGUUUAUUACAGUGUAUCUUUUCGGUUCUAAAGUUCCGAACCGUUUUUUUAGCUGGUAAUUACAGGAAGUACAUGUCCGACGCUUCAAACAAUCCAAAUAUCAGGAAACCAGCAGUUUCCCAGGCUAUUGGAAGAUUAUUCGAUAAAAUGAAUACUCAUGGUGGUGUAAUUAUUGCUCCUACUAAUUUUUUGAAUGUUUGCUCCAAGAUUAGGCCUGAUUUUCAUAUUCCAUACCAACAACAAGACAGCACGGAAUUUUUGAUUUUCUUAUUGGAUAUAAUACAUGAAGAAUUGAAUGGUUCGGAUUUGAUUAUUAACCAAUACCCUGAAUCGAUCAUUCCUGCGUUGAAUUUCGGCGAUAUAACAGACUUUGACACCAGUUCUAGACUCUCAAUUAAUGUGACUGAUGAAGAAAUUAGAGGCUAUACUAAAUGGUUCAAGAAAAUCACUCAGAAAAAUGGGGUUUCUCCGGUGAGUGCGCUUUUCCAAGGUCAAUUAGAAAGCUGUUUGAAGUGUGUGAAGUGUAUGAAAGUGAGCAAGACGUUUGCCAACUUUUCGGUGUUGACUUUGUCAAUUGUUGCACAAACUUAUGGUAAGAAGAAAAUUAGGUUGGAGGACUGUAUUAAACUAUUCACUGCAGAUGAGAUUUUAAGCGGUGAUAAUGCGUGGGAUUGUCCAAAUUGCAAAAAGAAGGAUGAGGAAUUGAAAAACGUCAACAAUUUCUAUAAUUCCGUGUACGGAGAAAGCAAUGGUGAUGCUGAAGCAGGUGAGCCAGCUAAUGGUUCUCAACCACAAAGCCAUCAAAACAAGACUUUUUUCAAUCUUCGGGGUAAGAAAAAGGACAAGCUCGCCAACAAGAAACAUGAUGAACUGAAUACUGGGCAUGAUGAGCCGGCCACUAAUAGAGAAAAGUUUGCUAGUAUGCAAAUCACUGGAAAUAAGACUAUAAAGUGCUUGAAGUUCAUUCAAAUUCCAAGAAUUUUGGUGAUUAGUUUGUCAAGAUUUAAAUUCAACAAAUAUGGUGAGCAAGCCUCGAAGAAUGGAGCGUCUAUUAUUUUCCCAAUCCUGUUGGAUAUUAAAGUGAAAGAUGAAAUCUUGACUUAUAAGCUAUUUGCAUUCAUCAAUCAUUUUGGAAGUUUAAAAGGCGGUCACUAUACUUCUAUUGUCAAUAAACAGGCUCCAGGAAGCAAGAGAGAUUGUUGGUGUUACUUUGAUGAUGAAAAUUAUGAAGUCAAUAUCAAUCCAGGUAUAAACUAUGCGGAUAACACAAUCACUAGUAGUGAUGUGUACGUUUUAUUUUAUCAGAAGGUUGAGUCUGUGAUUUAG